AGCCGAGGAGGCGAGGCUGACGCACUUCCGGGCCCGCCCCUAUCCGUGACAUCACUUCCCACCUCUUCCCUGCGGGAGAGGCCCGCGCGAGACGCCGUUGCCAUGGCAGCGGUCUGAGCGCCCGGCUGGCGUUUGCAGGGGAUCUCAAGAGCGGCGGGCGCGUCGGGGCCGUUCCAUGAGCCGACCAGACACAGGAGCUAAGGCUGCGACGCCGGAGACUGGGACCGAAGAGCUGCUCAGGGCCAGCCCUAACACCUAAGACGGGAAGCCAGGAACCUGCAUGAGCCUCUGACCCUGAGCCCCAGAGCCCACAGUCUAGUCCAAGAGCUUGACAUACUCCGCCAGCCAGCUGCACAGUCAGGCACCUGUGAGAGGAGCCACAAGGAUGGCGCACCUGCUGGGCAGCCAGGCCUGCAUGGACAGCCUGCGCAAGGACCUUACCGACCUGCAGGGUGCCAUCGUGGACGUGUUCUCCCGCGCUGGGCCUGUGCGUUUCCCCUCCUGGAAGUUCCCUGACCGAGUAGCCUGUGACCUGGACAUGGUGGCCCUGCUAGAGCACUAUGACCAUGUGCCGGGUGACCCUGAGUUCACGCAGCUCUCCCAUGCUGUUCUGCUGGAGCUGGUCAUUGACAGGCUCCUGCUCCUGCUUCAGAGCUGUGCAAGCUACUUGGAGAACCUCGGCUCAGGGCAGACAGUGCCCCCUGCCCGGGCUGCAGGGCCCUGCAUGUCUGUGGGGCUCACUGUGCGGUGCUUCUGGAACAGCCUGCUGAGGCUGGCCAUGCUCUACCAGCAGGCGGCCCCCCAGAAAAGGGCAAACCAAGGGGAGACCCCCACCUCCAAGCCCACAGCCAAGAGCGAGCCAGCCAAGAGCCCUGAAUUUGUGACUGCCAAGUUCAUCAAGCCCCCCUCCCCACUGCCAGUCUUGCCCCAGACCUGCGAAGAGUCAGACAGCCCCAUUAGAGUCUCCUUGCAGUGUCCAGCCAGGACCACUGAGAACACCAGGAGUGUCCACUCGCAGACCGUGGAGACGGCCCUGGUGCCCUGUGAUGCGUGCACCAGCGUCCAGGGCAGCCUGUGUGAGGUGGGCAAGGUGGUCAUCAGCCUGUGUCAGAGCCAGAACUUGCCCUCGUCUUUAGGCCAGUUCCAGCAGCUGGUGCAGGACAGUAUGGGGCUCAGGCCGCUGCCGGCCACCACUGUGGGCCACUGGGCGGCAGAGCAGAGCAAAGACCUGAUGCGCCUCAGUAAGCAUGUGGGGGCCCUCGCUCAGCUCGUUGGGCCCCUCAGGGCCCAGCUGGAGGAGGCCGAGGGGCAGAAGGAUGGACUGAGGCAGCAGGUGAGCAAGCUGGAGCAGGCACUGCAGCAGGAGCAGGUGGAGCGGCGGCGGCAGGCGGACGAGACUGAGCAGCGCCUGGCCACGUGGGAGCGCCACAAGCAGCAGCUGCUCUCAGAAACAAGUGACCUCAAGAUGAAGGUGGCCACCCUGGAAGGGGAGCUGAAGCAGCAGCAGGAGUCCCUGCAGGCUGUGGAGACAAAGGCCCAGCAGCUGCAGAAGGAGGCCGAGUGCAGGGCAGAGGCUGAGAGGCAGGUGCAGCAGCUGGAAGAGCAGGUGCAGCUGCUGGCAGGGCGGCUGGAUGGGGCCAGCCAGCAGAUCCGCUGGGCAAGCACCGAGCUGGACAAGGAGAAGGCCCGCGUCGACAGCAUGGUCCGCCACCAGGAGUCCCUGCAGGCCAAGCAGCGAGCCCUGCUGCAGCAGCUGGACAGCCUGGACCAGGAGCGCGAGGAGCUGAGGGGCAGCCUGGACGAGGCCGAGGCCCAACAGGCCCACAUGGAAGAGCAGCUGCAGAGCGUGCAGAGCGAGCGGGAGCAGGGGCAGUGCCAGCUCCUGGCCCAGCAGGAGUUGCUGCAGAGCCUGCAGCAGGAGAAGCAAGGCCUGGAACAGGCGGUGACAGAUCUGCAGCUGACCAUCUCGGAGCUGGAACGGGAGCUCGUGGAGCUGAGGGAGCGGGAGCGGCUGCUGGUGGCCUUCCCGGACCUGCACAGGCCCGUCGAGGCCCAGAUCCAAAGCUCUGGCAAUGUCACGGACGACAUGGAGAGACAGAUGGAGGCCAACAACAUCCGCAUACGGGUCCUGCACGAGGAGAAUGGACGGCUCCAGUCGAUGCUGUCCAAAAUCCGGGAAGUCGCCCAGCAGGGGGGCCUCAAGCUGAUCCCGCAGGACCAGCUCUGGGCCCAUUCCAGCAGGGGAAUCCAGGGAGCAGCGCCCCCAGCCCAGGCCCAGAGAGCAUCCCCAGGGCCCCUGGGCAGGCGGCACCCACCUGGUGGCAGGACAGCUAGUGCGGGCAGGACCCUGCCAGGCCAGCCCCGGGCAUCGCCACCUCAGCAGCCCAGCAGCCGGCCCAGCAAGUCCUCCCUGGAGGAUGUGACCCAUCCAACCACCUGUACCCAGAACCCUAUCCGGGCCUUGGCCAGGCUGAGGAGGAGACUGUCACCGGGCCAGGGCCAGGCCGGCCCUGCAUACCAGCCCCAGGAGCGGCCCAUGUAGCCUGCAGUGAGGUGGGGCUAGAGGACAAGUGGCUGGCAACCCACCCAAUGUAAUAAAGCCCCGGCCAUCUGCCCACAGCAACCUUGGCCUCACAGCA